UCUGUCUGUUUUACCUACUUAGGUGCUUACCUACCUAUUACACGUAGUGAUCACUAGAAAUUAUUCUUUCAGUAAUUAUUAUCAUAUAAGAAAUUGAAUAGUAAUAAACUGAAUUAUUAUCAAAAGAUAAAAAUAUUCUGUUUUUAUAUAUUAAAGAAGGUGGUCAUUCAAUACCGUCGUCUAUUACACAUCGAACAUGAGUUUAGUGGCUAAUACUGGAAAAUUAGCGGGUCGCACGCUGUUUAUUACUGGCGCCUCCCGUGGUAUCGGAAAAGCUAUUGCUUUAAAAGCUGCAAAAGAUGGUGCCAACGUUGUUAUUGCCGCUAAAACUGCUGAACCGCAUCCAAAACUCCCAGGAACUAUUUACACGGCAGCUGAAGAGAUUGAAGCACUCGGAGGGAAAGCUUUGCCAUGUAUUGUGGAUGUGAGGGAUGAGAAACAAGUGCAAAAAGCUGUUGAUGAUGCUGCCAAAAAGUUCAAUGGUAUUGAUAUAUUAGUGAACAAUGCAUCGGCCAUCACACUCACCGAUACAGCGCACACCGACAUGAAGCGAUACGACCUGAUGCAUAAUAUUAACACGAGGGGUACCUUCUUAGCAUCGAAGCUAUGUUUGCCACAUCUCAAGAACAGCAAUCAUGCCCACAUCCUAAAUUUGUCUCCGCCCCUCAACAUGAACCCUUAUUGGUUCUCUCUCCACGUAGCGUACACGAUGGCCAAAUAUGGAAUGUCCAUGUGCGUAUUAGGAAUGGCGGAAGAAUUCAAACAGUUCAACAUCGGUGUCAAUGCACUGUGGCCACGCACAGCCAUCGCCACAGCCGCCAUUGAAAUGCUGACCGGUGACACGUCAACCAGUAGGAAAGUUGACAUCGUAUCAGAUGCGGCAUAUGUGAUGCUAUGCAAAGACCCGAAAACUUACACAGGAAACUUCGCCCUCGACGAUGACAUCGUCACAGAAGCUGGUGUCAAAGAUUUGACUCCAUAUGCUUGUGACCCCAAAAACGCGGAUAACCUAUUAUUGGACGGAUUCCUUGACGACCCGGUCGCGAAAACACAACACCGCGCGACUGUGUUCUCUGUGGCGGCGCGACGUUACCAUACGUCCGCGGUUAACCGCAAAGAAGAGAAGCCUCAAGCAGGGGCAGGUGGUCAGAUUCCACAGCUGUUUGACGCCAUCAGUAAAACUCUGUCAGCUGACCUGGUGAAGAAGACACAGGCGAUUUAUCAGUUCAAUGUGAAAGGCAAAGAAGAAGGUGUAUGGCACAUAGAUCUAAAGAACGGAGACGGUUCGUGCGGCCAGGGCGAGCCGAAGAGCCCUCCCGAUGCAACCCUCACAAUGGACGGCGCCAACUUCGCUGACAUGUUUGCUGGAAAACUGAAGCCAACUACAGCAUUCAUGAUGGGCAAACUCAAGAUCGCUGGUGACAUCCAAAAGGCAAUGAAACUGGAGAAGAUGAUGAAAUCUCUGAAGAACAAAGUCUAACCCCCAUCACCAAGUAUACCAAAACUCAACUCAAUCGCUGUACAUUUAUAUAAACCACAAAACAAUCUUGAUAUUUAAUAUUAUUUUAAAUCCUUGUAUUUAAGUCCCAGAAGAUAUUAUUAUUUAUUAGAAAAAGACAAGAAUUUCAAAUAAUAUCGUAAUCAACAUGAUAAAUAACUAUCGAGAAGUCACCAACAAUAAAUUAUGAUUUUUAAAAUGUCAACAAUCGACACAGUAUCUAGUCGACGUUAAGUCAAUGAAAAAAUGUGUUACUAAUAUGAUGGCUCAAAAUUAAGUCUAUUUAAAGCUAUUGGAACUCGAAUCUUUAAAAUGAAUUAGAAAAUUUUAUAAGCAUCAGUAAUUAGGGCUAAUUUUAAUCGAUUAAUAGUUUUCAGUUUUUUAAAUAUGUAUUGUGUUCUAGGUAUUAAAAGAAUUAGAAAAGGUCAAGAUCGGACCAUGCGGGUCUAUAUUUGUCGAUUAAAAUAUGAUUAUAUAUUUUGUUAAAUUAUUAAUUUCUAGCAAAAUUAAUUGGUAAUAACAACUUUUUCGUUUAGAAACGUGUAAAAUACUUGGUUGUGAUGGUAGUAGUGUAUAUUUUUUAAUAAAACUAUGAAUCAAUAAAUGGAUUAAAAACUGUAUUACAUUUUUAAAAUAAAUAGUUAAUUUUUAAUUUCAUGACUCCUUUAGUUUUGGUUUUCAUACCAAACUUCGAAUGUUUAUUAUAAUAAACUACAUCGCUAACGUACUGGCUGUUUCGUAACCUUUUUAUGAAUUAAAACUUAUUGUUUUUGAAUAAGGAAUAAUCCUUGAUUUUGAUCGUAGAUUUUGUUAAAUUUAGAAUUAAGAAUAAUGACAAAAGAACUGCUGAAAUAUUACUUCCGAUUUGCAUUGUGGUUUCCAUACUUACAUGUGCCUUAAUGAUGUUAUAGAUAGAUUGAUAUAAUAAAUGACAACCUUUUUGACAUAAAUAAGAAUCAUUAUUAUUAUACUGUUAUAAAAAUAUACAUAUACUGUAUAAUAUGAUGUAUGUAAUCAGUUUGAUAUAUAUUGUUGUAAAUAAAGGUUUUAUAUUGCCAAA